UGCUCUGAGAUGGAACAUCAUGACCACAGCUUUAUUUACUCGCUAAUCUUUUUAAAAUAUGAUUGAGCGCUUCGCCGUGUCUCGGUCCUCACUGACCUCGCUGCUGUUGUCUGAAUGCCUGUAGAAGUGUGUGUCUCGAUGUUCAUAUUUGUUUGCAUCUCAGUUUGCGUAUGUGUCUUGCUCUCCAUACUCCCUGGCUUGUGUUUGCCGGUGCCUGAUAGCCCAUAUCCUGUAUUUGUGCAGCAUAAGUUGAAGUCUUCACAGCGGGACAAGGUGCGGCAAUUCAUGUCCUUCACUCAGGCUGGGGAGAAGACAGCCGUGUACUGCCUGACACAGAAUGACUGGAAACUAGAGGUGGCUACAGACAACUACUUCCAAAAUCCAGAGCUCUACUGUAAGGAAUCCAUGAAAACUUCUGUAGACCGGAAAAGGUUGGAGCAGCUCUACAAUCGCUACAAAGAUCCCCAGGAUGAGAAUAAGAUUGGAAUUGAUGGGAUCCAGCAGUUUUGUGAUGACCUUUCGCUGGACCCAGCCAGCAUCUCUGUCUUGGUUGUGGCAUGGAAGUUUCGCGCAGCCACCCAAUGCGAGUUCAGCAAAAAGGAGUUUUUGGAUGGCAUGACAGAACUGGGGUGUGAUAGCCCUGAGAAACUGAAGGCUCUUUUGCCAAGACUAGAACAGGAGCUCAAAGAUAGUGGCAAGUUCAAGGACUUCUAUCAGUUCACCUUUAACUUUGCUAAAAAUCCUGGGCAGAAGGGUCUCGAUUUAGAGAUGGCUGUAGCCUAUUGGAACUUGGUUCUCACAGGACGCUUUAAGUUCCUGGAUCUCUGGAAUAGAUUUCUAUUGGAACACCAUAAACGAUCAAUUCCAAAAGACACGUGGAAUCUGCUGUUGGACUUUGGUAACAUGAUUGCAGAUGACAUGUCGAAUUAUGAUGAGGAAGGUGCAUGGCCCGUCCUCAUAGAUGAUUUUGUGGAAUUUGCUCGACCGAUUGUGACAGGAUCCAAGCGCAAAACACUCUAAAUCAAAUUGCCAGCCUGGACAACCAGAACUUUGCUUCCUUCACAGAGACUUUGUAGUUUUUUUAAAGACUUGUACAAAAAGGAAAAAAAAUCAUAGGCUUCAGAGAGAGAGAGAAAAAAAACAGAAGCACUUAUUAUCAGGAAACCACCUAUUAGGAAGAUGAGCAAAAACACUGAAAACAACUGGGUGGACUUCUCCUGUCCUCACACGACUGAGGCAUCAUGAGGACAUUGCCAGAUUUUCCUCUGUUGUUCCUGUUGGAAUUUCAGCAUCCCAGGCAAACCCUCUCCUCAGCUUCAGGAGGAGCCCCAAUCUGUCUGGCAUUGCUGCUGCCUCUCGAAUGGAGAUGGACAGAACUCUUAGGGGAGUGCACUGGCUUUGAACUAAGGGACUAAACAGGAGGCAUGCGUGUGUGUUUAAGGUUUUGUUCUUGUUCGUCUGCUUUGUGGUGUUAUACAAAGCUCUGAAAGAUGGUGGGAAGAUCCUGUCUUUACUCUGACUUUGGGGCAGAGUGCUCACUACACCAGCGCCAACAGAACUGCUGCAGUUGUCACUGUAUAUACUGUAUCUAUUAAGACAGUUUACAAAGAGACCUAUAUGAAGAAUAAUAUAAAUGCUACCUUUAUAAAUGCAAAAUAUGACUUUUUUUGUGUACACUUAAGUGUUGAACUCUCAUGGGAUGCCCUAAUGUCAUUUGAAUGAUUCGCUGUAGAUGUAGCCGUCAGAGGGAUCUAUCAAGUCGUGAAAUUGUUGAGCUACUCGUAUUGAAAGCAUGUUAACCACAUUUAUGUUCACCUCUGUCAGGCUCAGCAAAUAAAUUUGCCAUUUUAGUAAAGACAGUGCUUCGGUUUACAUAUUUGUUCAUGAUUUGCAGGAUUCUAAUCUUCUCAUUUGCUAGCCUGUCAAUGUGAGCUCAUGAAUUGUUAACAAUGUACAAAUGUCCGGUGUUUGUCAGACAAAACAAGUAUUUGAAAACAUUUUGGUGUCCCGGUGUCAGAAAUACCUGAGACCUCUAAAUUUGACCAUCCAAAUGUGUCGGUAGUGAAGCAUGGUUUGUUGUUAAACCUUAAGAAUGUUUGGCCUCCUAGCCACAGAAUUCUGGAACGUUUCCCUUCUCUAAAUUUGCAAGUGUUGAGGAAAGCUUUCAUUUUCAUUCCAAUUUUCCCCUGGAAAAGCAAAAACAAUCAAACCUUAACCGUCUAUGAGAAAUGUGGUAUUGAUGCUCCAGCUGUUGCAGUUGCGUGGUACAUAUCAAUCAAUCAAUCAAUCAAGUUGAAUUUUAUAUAGCGCUUUUAUAGCUGCAACAGCCACUCAAAGCUGUGUUAUGUUCUGCAGCACGUAAAAGUCCAGGUUCAAGCAGCCAGGACCCUUCAGGGUAUCAAAAUGAAAUGAAAUGUUAUGCCUAUGGAUGGAGUACACAGCUAUCAAAUUAUUUGUUCAACUUUUAAGCAUUUAAAACCACCUGUUGAGUAUUCCUGCAGACAGUGCAAAUGGGAAUAUGUUAUUAAUCCAUCAUGUAAGCAGCCUUUACAUUUUGUUAAAUCAAAAUAGGCCGGAAUAAAGCAUGAUUUUUCUCGUAAUCAGACAUGUAUUAAGCCUUAUUCUUAUUGAUGAGACAGAUAACAGACAUUGUGUAAGUUACAUCUCAUUCAUAUUUACACACGUUUAUGUCCACAUCAACUCAAAACAUGUUGACAUGUUUGAUUUGUAUUUGCUGCUCUGUUUUCAACUGUCUCGACUUCACAUAACAGCAGUUGGACAUUGUCAAGUGAGGCCUUGUGUGUUUAAUCUUCUAAAGCUCACUUAAAAACUUUAAGAUUAAUUUCAGUGUUUACCAUCAUGACAGCUUAAACUGGCAUCGGAGUUUCUGCCAAAAGCAACAGGCAGAUAUUAA